CGGGUGGUCCGGUGAGUUCAGUCGCCCCGGGCACCCGUCAGGGCACAGGAAGGAUCGCCGCUAUCAACACCGCGACGGACCAGGACCUUCUACACCACCACCUCCUUCAACACCACCAGGACCUUCAACACCACCACCUCCUUCAACACCACCACACACACACACGAUGGAUGAAGAACAGAUCGCCACCCGUGUGUGUGUUGCCUGCCUGGUAGAGUAGUGAUCGACCCCUACACACUAUCAUUCAUGGCCUCCUGUAGAGGUGCUGCUCCUUUCAGACGGGGAUGCUGGGAUCCUCGGGCAGGUCAAGAAGAGUGUUCCUUGGUGUCGUGGUCGACAGGGGGCUCAUCAUCAGAGAUAAGAUGUAAAAAUUACUCCCAGUCAUUAAGCUGCAUUAAAACAUCUAGCAUAUAUAGAAAACUAUUACAUCGGAUUUUGUUAUGGAUGAAUAUUACUGCGAGGUACAGUCAACUCAAUACAGUAACUCCUGCUUCUUGAUAUUUGGCAAGAAAAUACUGGGACUGUGAUACUUCAGCAUAUGUUUGUCCAAGUUUCUUCUAAAAUAAGAAUCUCUGGAAAGUCGCGAUAAAAUUCAAAUUUUAUCACGACUAAAUUUCAGAGAACAACAUUUAAAGAAAAUAAUGUCGAUUGCUUCCUUCAAAACCCGGCAAGAAAACGAACCUGACAUAAAGAACGGAUGUUAUGAAGAAAUUAAUAACGUUUAUUGAAUGUCACAAUUUCCAAAGAAGUCAAAAUCCUGCACAGGAAAAAAAACAAAUAAACAUUUAGACCGCAUGGAUCAGAGGCUUCGAGGAAUGAGCGAGCCAUGAAGAAGGUCUUCCAGAUGUUCGACCAGGGGAAGACGGGCUUCGUCGAGUGCAACAAGUUCGUCAACAUCCUCAACACCCUCGGCCAGGCCUUCGACGAAGACGACCUCAAGGCCAGAAUCGCCGAGAACGACCCUGAGAAGGAAGGCAAAGUGGACUUUGAUAAGUUCUGCGCCAUCGUGAUGCCCUUCCUGGAGGAGGACGACGACGAGGCCAUGCACGAGGAGCUCAAGGAAGCCUUCAGGCUCUACGACAAGGGCGGCGACGGCUACAUCACCACGCAGACACUGAAGGAGAUCCUGAAGGAGCUCGACAACAAGCUGUCCGAUGAGGACCUCGACGGUAUCAUUGAUGAGAUCGACGAGGACGGCUCCGGGACUGUCGAUUUCGAUGAGUUCAUGGAAAUGAUGACGGGAGAGUAAGAGAUAAGAUCUCCUCAGCAUCCCCCACGUCUUCCUCAGCCCCCCCCUCUCUCUUUCUCUCCCAUGGACUUCCUCUUCCACCCAUCGUCUGUCUCUUUCUCCUCUCAUUCAUUUGCUACAGCAUUCUGAGUUCCCCUUCGGCAUCACCACUUUCUCUUCGCUCUGAAGUUCUUUCAACACUUUAUUCAAAGGUCUUAAAAUGUGCACUAAGAUUUGCACGUUUCCUCCUCCGACUUCCUGUACACAAAAUUCUCCCACUUGCCAAUCUCUCCCAUUAAUAAGUUAGAGUAUUUCUUCCACUAACAUAAUCUACAUUCUGAUUUCUAUCCUCUCCCCUCUAUCAGAACUCAUUCUACAUCCUGAUCGCCUUCUCAGAACCCCGUCUACUUCCUCCCUUCCUUGUUUGAACUCCGCAACUCGCCUGACUCGCCCUGGGAGCCACAACUCACGCCUAUGUACUUUCCGGUAUCAUAAAACGCAAAUUAUAUAAUAAAUUUUAUAGAUACAUUUAAAAAAAA